GGUUGAGUUGAAGAAGAGUCCCAAUCACUUUCACAUUCUACAAACAAAAAUUCCGUAGUCAACUAAUUGUAUUGUAUUAUCGGUAAAUAAAAAUAGUGUUCAAGAUCUCGUCUGCUUGUUUGCUUCUUGAUGAGGAGAUGGGGAAAGCUUCAGUAAUAAUCUACAUCACAAUUGCUGUGCUCCUCCUACUCCUCAUCUCUCAAUCUCCUUCCAACAAAGCUGGUAAGCGACAUGGGCAUCGCCGGCUCAAGGUUCGCUCCAACUUCACUUUUGACCAACAUAUUCACCACGAACAUGAACGCAUUCCUUUUGACCCUUUAGUGGCUAAAAUAGAGCGACAACGUGAGGAUAAGGAAUGGGAGAAGCGGUACAUUGACACCCACCAUCCAGAAUUACAUGCUCCUGGUGAAGAAUCGCAGCCUGAAUGGGAAGACUUUAUGGAUGCUGAAGACUAUCUGAAUGAUGAAGACAAGUUCAAUGUCACUGAUAGGCUUGUGUUGUUGUUCCCAAAGAUUGAUGUGGACCCAUCUGAUGGCUUCGUGAGUGAGCAUGAGUUGACUGAGUGGAAUCUUGAGCAGAGUAGGAAGGAAGUGUUGCAUCGGACUGAGAGGGAGAUGGAGGUUCAUGACAAGAAUCAUGAUGCUUUUGUCUCUUUUUCUGAGUAUGAGCCGCCCAGUUGGGUUCGCAAUUCAGAUAACAGUUCUUUUGGAUAUGAUAUGGGCUGGUGGAAAGAAGAUCAUUUUAAUGCAUCAGAUGUAGAUGGAGAUGGACUUCUGAACAUUACUGAAUUCAAUGACUUUCUACAUCCCGCCGACACCAGAAACCCCAAACUACUCAACUGGCUAUGCAAGGAGGAAAUAAGGGAGAGAGAUAGUGACAAAGAUGGUAAGGUUAACUUCAAAGAGUUCUUUCAUGGGCUGUUUGACUUAGUGAGAAACUAUGAUGAGGAGAGUCAUGAUUCUUCUCAUCAUUCUGAGGAUUCACAAGAGUCUCCGGCUAGAAAGUUGUUUGCUGAGCUUGAUAAAGAUGGAGAUGGAUAUUUGUCAGACGCUGAAUUGCUACCUAUAAUUGGAAAGCUUCAUCCAUCAGAGCGUUAUUAUGCCAAACAACAAGCAGAUUACAUCAUACAGCAGGCUGAUGCAGAUAAAGAUGGAAGGCUUACUCUAAAAGAGAUGAUUGAUAGCCCAUACGUGUUCUAUAGUGCAAUAUUUAACGAGGAUGACGAAGACUAUGAAUACCAUGAUGAGUUUCGUUAGUUCAGGGCUAGGAUGGCUCAUGCUCUCAAGUUACUCGUGUAUGAUUUUUUUUAGUUUGGAAAUUUUUAUGCGAGUCUCACCAAAAGAUACAUGUGGUGAGACAUCAAAAUUUUAUUUAUCAGAUAGUUUUCUUUGUAAUCGCCUUGAUCAACCAUUUUCGACAAUAUAAUGCUAGUUCAGGAUCUUCCAUUAUUUUGUAGAGGAAUUCUAGUGGGACAAACUUUACAUGCACAACAUUUGUUUUAGCCAUCCAAUUUCUGUAUUUUCAGUCUC